UACAUUUCACAUUACACAACAAAAGCUACACGCCUACAUUACGAUUUCUGAAGGCUGGAAACGUACACUGUGUGGUAUUCAGAAUGACAAGAAGUAAGGAGGUACACCUGAUAACAGGAGGUGGUGGGUAUCCAGGAUACACUCUAGGCAAGCAAUUGAUUGGACGGAACCACAAAGUUAUUCUUCUGGACCUCAGGGAACCAAAAUGGCCGCUGGUGGAAGGCAUGACCUUUGUUAAGGCCAGCAUCACAAACCUUGAUGAACUGGAAUCAGCAUUUCAGGGUGUGGACUGUGUGUAUCACAUGGCAUCGUAUGGCAUGUCAGGCAGAGAACAGUUAAACAAGAAAUUGAUUGAAGCUGUGAACAUAGGAGGCACUGAAAACGUCAUUGAUGCCUGUCUGAAGAACAAAAUCCGGCGUAUGGUGUACACAAGUACCUACAAUGUUGUGUUUGGAGGACAGGAGACAAGAGAUGGAGAUGAAACCCUGCCUUAUCUUCCCUUAGACAAGCAUCCUGAUCAUUAUUCCCGUACGAAAAGUAUUGCAGAACAAACGGUACUGAAGACAGAUGGAAGGAAUGGUUUGAGGACUUGUGCUUUACGUUUGGCUGGAGUGUAUGGUCCUGAAGACCAACGACACAUCCCUCGCAUUGUGGGCUAUUUGGAGCAAGGACUUCUGUUGGCGUCAGCUGCCCCUGACAGUCUUCAGGACUUCUUACACGUAGAAAACCUUGCCCAGGGACACCUGCUGGCAGGGGAGGGGCUGACAGAAGCCCGAGGAUAUGUUGCUGCAGGGCAAGCUUACUUCCUGUCUGAUGGCUGUCCAGUAAACACACUCCAGUUCUACCAACCCCUGAUUGAAGGCCUCGGCUAUAACAUGCCUAAGGUGGUGAUUUCAGUGACAAUGCUGUAUUUCUUUGCUUUUAUAACAGAAUGGGUACACUUCAUCGUAGCAAGGUUCCAUAAUUUCCAACCAAUGCUAACAAGAACAGAGGUGUACAAGUCCUGUGUCACACACUACUACAGUGUCGCUAAGGCUCGCAAGGAUCUCGGCUACAAUCCAGAAAAGAAAAACGACAUUCAGGAAGUUUUAGAAUUCUAUAAAAAAGAAGGAAGAAUGAAGAAAGUGAGAAAGCAGUCAACAUUUAUGUACUACCUAGUUAACAUUAUCAUAGCAGUAGUGUUUGCUUCAGUUGUCAUGUCAUUUCUACCAGGUGUAAAAUGAUUCAUUAGCCUUAUAAAUAAUUGCUUAUUCGAAAUUCAGAAAUAGAUGAAAUUGUUCAUAUCUUGUAAUAUACACUAAAACUCAAUAUUGAGACAGAACAUGAAUGGUCUUAAAAGUGGGCUGGACUGUAGUAGGAAAUAUAACCAAGCAGCUUGCCUAUUAUCACUCUUUUCAGUAUUUUUAUAGUCAUUAAUUCAGUAAGUUUUAUACAUGACAUUAAGCACACAGUAAUUGUAUCUAAGUAGCCAGUCUGACACCUGUUAUAGCUUUGUGACUUGUGAUAAGUCUGAUUAGUUAAGUGAUGUUCAAUGUAAAACUUUGAGGUUGUAACUAUAUUUAUUCAACAAUAAGCCCAUGUCUGAUAACAGACCUGCCAAGUCACAAGCUUCUCGCGUGAGUCUCACGCAUUUGGCCACUGUCUCACGCACUCACGCAAGCCUUAGAUAUCUCGCGCGAGAUGAAUUUAUUGGUCAGAAAUUUUCAAAAACCUCGUUUUCUACACUUAUACCGCGGUUAUAUGAUCCUAAGCAGUGGUGACAAUGAGUCGAGCGAUGUGUGGCGCACUCUGCCACCUAGUGCUACUGAUUAGCCAAUCACAGUGAUGCUUACAUGUGGCUCUGACAGUCUAACAGUUUGACUAGUUAAGUCUUUUUUUAGCACAUAUAAAGUUUAAUAGUUAGUGAAGAUAUUCCCAGGAACCUCAAGCAAAAUAUGAGCAAAUUCAUCCAAUCUCAAGCAAAAUUUCAAGCAACCUCCAGCAAAGUUGUUAUACCCCCUUGGCAGGUCUGUGAUAAUCUUGUUCAAAAGAUAAUUAGAAAUCAGUGCUCUCAGCCUACCCAGUGACUUCCGGUUAGAAUUUGUUUGCUGGCCUCUGGGACUUUUGUAGGAUAUAUAAGGUUGUUGAUAUAGGUGUUCUUUAAUUAGACAUUUGACAAUCAUUUUUAACACUAAGAUUGUUGUUAUAACAUCUUUAUACAUAGAAAUUACUAUCAUUAUUCUGUGAGAUUAUGUUGAGAUGUAAUCAAGGCUCCGUGUGCUAUAUAUAUGGAGAUUAUCAUUUAGAAUUUAAGGUACAUCACUUUACUUCUGUGCCUGGUCAGGAUACAUGUACAAUUUAUAUGUGUGUUAAUUUUACUACCCAAAAACUAUCUGAAGUUCAUUUAUAAAUGCUUUUGUUAUGUAACAUAUACUGAGCCGCCUAUUUAUCAUACUUUUCUAAUUCUAGUAAUAUCCAUCAGUAAGAAAAGUACAAAUGUUGUUAAACAACAUGUUUUUGUCAGCUAAACCAACCCCCACAGAAAGCCUAUGAAAACAUUGUUAAUAUAAUUAACUUACAAAAUACAUGGUAUCGAGCUCUGUCUGGCCAAUACAUGUGCUUCUAUGUAUAUAUUUUUUCUAGUAUGAAAUAUCUUAAGAUAUAGAAAUAACAACAGUAAUGUCUAUCUCAUGAUCAGAAGGACAGAGGAGUUCAUGCUGAAGGCUGCCAACUUUACCAUUGAUCAUUUUAAAAUGCCACCAGAUAAUCAGGGACAUCUGUAUUAUACGUCCUUGUAAUAAUUCAUUUGUCAGGAAGAGAAACUUGAUGAAAUUUGAUUUUAGUCAUUUUGAAGGUGACUAGGUGUUGUGUAAAUGGUUGUGAAACCCUAAUGCCCCUCUAUUGGUAGGGAAAGUAAAAGUAAUAAUUGGGUUGAAGGCAUUUACAAGCAAUCAGGUGAAAAGGACAAUGUUUUGUGUCAGAACAUAGUGAUGUUCUUGUAAAAACCUUAAUGUGGAGGGUAUAUACAUGCAUAUACAGUGUACAUAUCUUGGACGGAAUGAAUUAAAAGUUGUAAAAAUCAAUGGCCUUCAUCCACCAGUAGGUGACAGCAUGGUGAUGAAGAUUUACUUCCACAUUAACAUAAACAACAUACAGAAGAUACAAUUAGUGUUCCCAUAUUUUAUCACAUCACUUUCUAUGUAAAAAGUGCUGGAAAAGAUAGCUGUUUAAAUAAGUAUGUUUACAAUACAGUCAGACCUGUCUAUAGAGGCCACUCAAGGGAGCAGAGAAAAGUGGUCUUUAUAGACAGGUGGCCUUUAUAUAGAGGUUCAAUGACAAGGAAUUGUAUUAUAUAGGAAACCAAAAAGUAGCCUUUAUUGACAAGUUGCCUUUGUAUAAAGAUAGCCUGUAAGACAGGUUUAACUGUAUAUGGUAAUUACAGUUAAAUUGGUUUUACUAAAAAUACAGAUGUGUCAGAAAGCAGGAUAUUUACACAGGUUCAUUAGAGAAAUUCAUUUUCUACUUGUAAUGGCAAAACAUUCUUCUUCUGUGUCUUGUUACAUGUCUAGUAUAUUGAAAAGUCAAAUUAUUAAAUUUUUAUCAUACAAAGCCAUUUCUGUUACAGAUUUCCUGUAACAUGGAUAUUUUCUGUUGGAAAAAAAAAUGUUUCCUGUUUCCAGUAAUUAGGUCAUGUUGGAUUUACAACUCCUUCCUGUUCAGCACUAACUUCCGGGUGUAACUGAUACACAUAGUGUGCCUGAUCCUGCUUGUUCAAAGUUUGAUUAUUAGUGAGAGAAAAUUUCAAAAACAGAUACAACAAAACUGUAUUCUCAUAAUGGUUGUAUUGAUUUUUAGAGGCAGACCAGUCUGAUUAUUUGAAUCAGUUUUACACUAAAAGUCAUUUUGUUUAAUAUUGUUUACUAACUGCUGGUUAAUCAAGAUCAGGUUUUUAACUGUAAAUCCAGACCAGAUGAAUUAUUUUAAUUUCUGCUGAAUUUUUUCCCCCAUUACAGUAUUAAAUGUUUAUUUCUAUUGUACAAACUACAUCUUGAAAUAAACCAGAAUAUUUCUGAA